AACAUACAGUGCGACGCUAUACUGUGUCGGGGCGGCUGUCAGGAGCCGGUGUGCGACUCACCCGGUUAUAAGGGUAGGGAUUUGGCUCUCGAUGGCUAUUCACAACUAUCGGCCUCCACCUCGAUGUUUGUUUUUGAGCCAACAGAUGAUUCACUUACCCACGAAAAUCUGUCCGAGUGUACUGAAUGGAGAUUCCCAUGGUUAAUUAACCUGUGCAUAGUGUUGGCCGUGUUAUUACUAUUAAUGUUAUUGUUGAACAUGUUCAUGUGCUCAUCGCUCAGUUGCCGGUGUAUUAAAACUGAGGUUCUGACAGCAUUAAUGAUCGUCGAACAAGAACCAGACGAGACAGUAGACGAUUACGACCCAUACCGGGCUGACUGGACGGCCCCGAACUCCCGGUACGGGUCACGCAAUUCACUAAACAAAGGCUAUCCCGAGGGGACACUCAAGUCAAACAAAUCACAGCCAAAGUCGUAUCACUUGGGCUACGAUAACGAUGACUACGUUCCCGACCAACACAACCGGUCAUACUCUACAUUACAGACCCGUUCGCCCCGACCCCGAUCGCCG